AUGUCGCACCAUCACCAUCAUACCGAUCGAUAUGAGCAGGAACAGAUCGAUAAUGAUGAAGCGCUAGCUGCCCGACUGCAGGCAGAAGAGAGCGGACGUGGGCCAUCAAACUAUCCUGGCCAAGAACGCCAAGGUGGUUACCAGUCUCAGGGAUAUCAACAAGGACAUCAUGGAGGCCCUCCUCAGGGCUACCAGGAAGGUCCCCCUCAAAGCUACCAGGGACGCCCCCCUCAAUCUCAGUACCAGAGCCGACCGCAACAAGGCUACCAAGGAGGAUAUCAAGAAGGUCCUCCCCAGGGCUACCAGGGAGGGCCCCCUCAAGGCUACCAGGGAGGCCCUCCUCAAGGCUACCAAGGAGGCCCCCCUCAAUCUCAGUACCAGAAUCGACCGCAACAAAGCUAUCAGGGCGGCCCGCCGCAAGGCUACCAAGGAGGUCCACAGCCUGAGUAUCAAGGUGAUCCUCAGUACCAAGGACAAACCCACUACCAGGGCGGCCCGCCCCCGACAGCUCACCAUCCGUACGCGCAAUCACCGCAACCACUUCGCCGAAAGUCUCUCCUGAUAGGCAUCAACUACGUGGGAAGCAAGAACGCACUUCGAGGCUGCCACCAAGAUGUCACGAAUAUGAAGCAAUUCCUGAGCCAAAAGGGCUACUCUAGCGACCAGCGGUCCCAGGUAAUUAUGCGCGACGACCCAAACACGGACCCGCGCAGCCCCUUCUUCCCAACGGGCAAGAACAUGCUUGCGGCAAUGCACUGGCUGAUCUCCGAGCCCAACACUUGCAACUUUCUGCAUUACUCUGGACACGGGAGCCAAGUGAAGGAUCCGGACGGCGACCGCGAAUCGGGCUUCGACGACACCAUUGUGCCGGUUGAUUUUGAGCAGAAUGGCCAGCUUGACAGCGAUAAGCUGCACCGCACUUUGGUCUCGGCACUGCCCAACAACAGCACGCUCUUCGUCAUCUUCGACUGCUGCCACAGCGGCUCUGCGAUCGAGCUCCCGUUCAUCUAUCACAGCGAUGCUGACGGCAAUGUCAGCAUGAUCGACAAUGUCAAGACCGGGAUAGGACUAUUGCAGGAGGCAAGUAGUCUCAUCCAGGGUGGCUUUACGAUGGCCAAGGUCGUAAAGGCGAAAGAACUGUUUGCUGGUGCGAACACAUUCUUCAAGCAAUUGCAGCAUAGUGGCGAGCAGCAGGAGGAAGGUGUGGGCGAAGAAAACUUUGUGGAAGAUUGGAAGUCGGAGCAUAAGUUCGUGACGAUGUUCUCCGGAUGCCGGGAUGAUCAGACGAGCGCAGAUGCGAGUAUUCAAGGUUCCAGUGUCGGAGCCAUGUCGUGGGCGUUCUUGGAGACGAUGAAGAGGAAUCCCAAUCCGACGUAUUUGAAUUCGCUGCAGCAAACGAGGACGAUCCUCGGCGAGAGCCAUUAUAAGCAAGUGCCACAAUUGUCCAUUGGAUUCAAAGAAUUGGACUUGGACCAGCCGUUGAGGUUCUAA